AUGCCUGAACUCAUCCUCGACAACAAAACCCGUCCACUGAAAGUCCCCGGUUUCGAUAAUACCCCCAUUGAUGUCAAGCUUCCACGGGAUCAAUUCGCAGCAGGAAUACAAGACUGGCGAGGUACGAUACUCACUGCAAAAGAGCUAGCCAUGCUGGAUUUGAUCGAUACAAUCACCGACAGAGCGGACUGGCAUUUGCGGAUUUUCCAGCAGGAAGAAAUCGCUCGCUGGCGGGAAGUUGCGCUGUCAUCCUCGUCGCUAAUCAACGACCUGACGUGGAGCUGGUGCUUGAAAGAGUUGCAAGAUAAGGCAAGAGACUUUGAGAAGCGAGGGAACGUGCUAGUAUUCAACACUGGGGGUGGUGUCUGUGAAUCUGAUACGGCGAUCUCGCCGACAACACAGGCACAGCUACGAGACGCCGUGGAUCUAUCAACCAAGGAUGUGGCAGAGAGGAUACAACCCCACAACGCUCGGAAGUCACCGGUCUUAAAUCUCGUUGACCCGUCUCUGUUUCCUCUUGUCUAUGGGAGAACAAAGGUGUUGACCGCAGGACAACCCUGUGGAAUGGACCAAGGUUUCUGGUCGUCACGCCUUCAUGACGGCCAAAUCGCACCAGAGCGACCGCCGUUUGCUCAAGAAGGGGCUUGGGAACACCUGAGAUUGGACUGCAUCUGGUCAACCAGAUUUCAGUGGCUGCCUUGCGAAGUGGAAUUCAAUGGGCCGCCUGAGUCCACCGAUGUUCGAAUUACUUCUUACAUCAACAAUCUCCACCCCACAAACCGGAACCUAUAUUCAGCAAUCGAGACAGUUCUUGCCAGCAGUAUCAAGCAGUGGAAUAAGAUACUCAUUCGAGAGAAGUGGAAUGAACCGUCUGAAUACAGGAUCGGUCAUUGCGAACCCUGCCCUCGCGAGCCGAUUCGAAUACGGACUUACGGGGUGGAUUGGAAAGCGCGAUUUCCUGAGUGGGCUAAAAAACUGCCCGAAGACUCCAAGGAGAACCAGCUACCUGCUGAGGAAUAUGAAAGGAUGUGCGCUCAAGUGGAGGCAUACCUUCAGGAACCCGAAUCCAAGGAUAAGGUACACUGGUUUCAGGUUCAUACGCAAAGGAUUCCGGAGGAUUGGAAAACACGAUGGGGGUUGCGUCGUACAGCCUUAACAAAAUAUGCACACAUGUUCUUCUUUGAGCACUCUGAUCCCGGCACUGCGUAUUCAUACGAGGACUGGAAAGCAGGAAGGACCGGCGAAGCAAUUGUUGGCCCCGUGGACCAGGGGAAUUGUGGUCCAGUAUUUGAAACAGAACAAUUCCUUCUCUCUAACCCGUGGCUGGAGCCCUACCGAUGGGCCUAUGAGCCAAAAGGUCCAAAGGACGAUGAUCAUCAGUUUUACACGGUUGCUCUACAGGACGAGUUUCGAGAAAAGGGCCUUCAAGUUGUGGUCAAGGUGCACAGUAUGGAGCUAGAGCCUGAUAUGCCAUCGUUUUCUGGCGAGGACUGGCAUACUGAAGGAAAUGCAAAUGAGCAUAUAGUUGCCAACGCUAUUUACGCAUUCCAUUCUGACAAUGUCUCCGAACCGCAAAUUUCCUUUCGGCAGCGGCUCGCACACGCUGGCAAUAGAUAUGUCUACGACAAAAUAGGUGCUGGUGACGGCCCCGAUGACGACGAAAGCGAUUUCGAGGACGUGGAGUAUAGUGACCCUGAGGACGCCUUAAUAUUUGAGCCAGAUCCAGAAGAGAAGUAUGCGUGCUGGGAUGUCAAGUAUAUCGGAAGACUUUUCGGAUUUGAAACAAUUCAGCAUGCACCGGCCUGGCAGGAGCUAGGGAAAGUGAGAAUGCCCCCAGGUCGCUUGAUUUCUUUCCCCAAUGCCUUUCAGUACCGAAUGGGUCUGUUAGAGCUUCAGGACAAGACUAAGCCGGGACACUGUCGGUUCCUUACUCUCAGUCUUGUCGAUCCCACCUACCGCAUUUGCUCGACACGGAAUGUUCCCCCACAACAACCAGAUUGGAUCAAUGGCUCUGGAUCGCAGAUAGAUCUUAAGGAAGCCCUCGAGUUGAAAGAGGAAUUGACGAAGAUACAUGUCCGCAAGGACGAGGCUACCUUUGAGCUUGCUAGAACCAUUGUAUUCACGGGAUUUCAAUGA